AUGCUGCCGAUUUAUGUCAACCCGACGUUUUAUAAGCACAUCCAAGCUAUUCUCUCCUCCUUUAUUUGGGAAUCACGCAAACCACGGCUCGCGAUGUCACUUCUCCAAAAACGUGCGGACAAGGGUGGACUGGGGUUCCCAGAUAUCCAUAAAUACCACAAAGCAUCCUUCCUAGAGGCAGCUAUAAAAUUCCACACCCCCAAAGGGACUUUUCAAUGGGUGGACAUGGAAAACGCUAGGGCGCCUGGCGGCUCUCUGGUAGGGAUGUUAUGGACCCCAGCACACACAAGACCAAACAUGCUCCACCUUUUCAAUACCUCGAUCACCACUAUUAAGCAAUGGGACACGCUACACCGCACCCAGCAUAAACUCAAUAAGUUUCACCCGCGGGCCCCGAUAACGGCACUGAACUCCCUAACCCCAGGGUUGACUAUGAACUCCUGGAUAAAACACGGCAUAAAACACAUAGUAGACACAUACCAAGACCAUCGACUUAUGCCCUUCCCAGAUCUUCAACGGAAAUUUGACCUACCUAACGCCUCCGUCUUUCAGUAUCUCCAACUUCAAAGCAUGGCCACAUAUAAGAUACUUACAAAAUCAGACAUGACAUCCACUAACCUACAACACCUAGACCCGUUACAUGACCAAUGCUGGCUCUCACCUACAAAGCCCAAGGCAUUAUCUUUAUGCUACAACAUACUGCUGAACGCCGUUGCCAUGAAAACCCCCAACUACGAACAACAAUGGCACACGGAAUACGACUCCUCGCCAUCAGGCAACACCUGGUUGCAAUCACUCAACGCACUCAAAGGUAUCACCAACUGUUACUCACAUCUAGAGGCACACAAAAAGCUGGUUUAUAGGUGGUACCUAACACCAAGUAAACUGCACAAAAUUUACCCCUCAGUUUCUGAGAGGUGCUGGCGGUGCGGGGGGGCAAAGGGCACGAUGUUCCACAUAUGGUGGGAAUGUCCUGUCCUGGCCCCUCUCUGGGGUCACGUUAAAGACAUUCUCGAGUUGCUCAAUAUUACCACGGUCACACUGGACCCCUUAACAUGCUUAUUCCUGCUACUCCCACCUUCCUUGACCAAACCCCUUAAACAAGUGACGAUACUCACAAUCCUGGCUGCUAGAAACCUCAUAGCGCAGGGAUGGAAACACACCCACUGCCCCACUAAACAACAACUGAUGGACAAACUCCACCAAUACUAUAUUUACGAACAAUUGUCCACUACUUCCAUCACACAAUCACUGAGAUUCCAAGACACAUGGAAAACAUGGGCUGAUAUCUACACACCAAAUAAGAGACAAGAUAAAGACCACGCGACAUACCCUAGUAGUAGUAGUGCUCUUCACCCCGAACCUUAA